AUGUCCACUAUUCAGAACCUCCAAUCCUUUGACCCCUUUGCUGAUGCAAUUAAGGGUGAUGGCUUACUCCUGACAGGGACUAAAGACUGCAUCCAUGUCCAACAACGAAAUGGGAGAAGAACACUAACUACUGUUCAGGGAACUGCAGAUGACUAUGACAAAAAGAAACUUGUGAAAGCUUUCACAAAGAAAUUUGCCUGUAAUGGUACUGUGAUUGGGCAUCCUGAAUGUGAGGAAACAGUCCGGCUGCAAGGUGACCAGAAGAAGGACACCUGCCCAUUCCUCCUGGGGCUUGGAACUGUUAAGAAAGACAGCUGGAGGUUCAUCACUUCAAAAAUGUAG